UGAGCGAAAAUAGCUAGAAGUAGUCGUAUUUCGCUUCGUGUGAUCUUCGAAUACGGACGUGUAAUAUCGCCUGUGCAGUGUUGUUACGAUUUGCCCACAUUUGCCUUGCACGACAACAACACUGAACUAUGGCAGCAUGUUUGAUGUUUUCGUCCUUUGCACAAGCUGGAAAACGCUUGUGCACAAACCCUAGCUACUAUUUACCUCUGCUACGGGUUCCUGAUGCAAGCUUCUCCUCAUCGUCCAAGCUCGAUGUAAAGUUUUAUGACACAGCUGCUGAUGCUGUGCAAGACAUUAGUGAUGGAUCCAAACUCUUGGUCGGAGGUUUUGGGCUUUGUGGCAUUCCUGAGAAUUUGAUCAAUGCUUUGCUGCAGAAAAAGACCAAAGACUUAACCGUUGUCAGCAAUAACGCUGGUGUGGAUGAUUUUGGUCUUGGACUUCUCUUAAAACAAAAGCAGAUUAAACGUAUGAUUUCGUCUUACGUUGGUGAAAAUCAGGAAUUUGAAAGACAGUAUUUAGCGGGGGAGCUAGAAGUUGAACUCACUCCACAGGGUACUCUGGCAGAGCGUAUUAGGGCAGGUGGUGCAGGCAUUCCAGCUUUCUUCACUCCAACUGGAUUUGGUACGCUGAUUCACAAUGGUGGCGCACCAAUCAAAUACACCAAAGAUGGGAAAAUUGAAAUUGCCAGUAAACAAAGAGAGCAACGCCAGUUUAAUGGCGUCAACUACAUCAUGGAGGAAGCCAUCACCGGGGACUUCUCACUGGUCAAAGCAUGGAAAGCUGACAAGGCAGGAAAUCUUACUUUUAGAAAAACUGCUCGCAACUUCAACCCCCCAAUCUGUAAAGCUGGACGUAUAACCAUUGCUGAGGUAGAGGAGAUAGUAGAGGCUGGGGAAAUCCCAGAAGAGGAUGUCCACGUACCACAUAUUUAUGUCCAGAGGGUGAUCAAGGGACCCAAAUAUGAGAAGAGGAUCGAGAGGUUAACUUUGACAAAACCAGAAACCAAAGCAGGAGACAUCAGCCCAGCUCAGCAGAUGAGAGAGAGAAUCGUGAGGCGAGCAGCCUUAGAAUUCAAAGAUGGCAUGUAUGUAAACCUUGGUAUUGGAAUGCCAAUGCUUGCCAGUAAUUAUAUUAAACCUGGUGUCUCAGUACAUCUCCACAGUGAAAAUGGUAUCCUUGGAUUGGGUCCUUUCCCCAAACCUGGAGAACAAGACCCAGACUUGAUUAAUGCAGGAAAGGAAACAGUUACAAGCAUCAAGGGCAGCUCAUUUUUCUCAUCAGAUGAAUCUUUUGCCAUGAUUAGAGGUGGACAUGUCCAACUGACCAUUCUUGGAGCUAUGCAAGUAUCACAGUAUGGGGAUUUGGCCAACUGGAUGAUUCCGGGCAAGAUGGUGAAGGGCAUGGGUGGUGCUAUGGACUUGGUCUCUGGAGAAGCAACAAAAGUGAUCAUCACAAUGGAGCACACAGCAAAGGGUGGCAAACAUAAAAUCCUCAAGGAAUGCAAUCUCCCACUCACUGGAAAAGGUUGUGUCGACAUGAUCAUUACAGACAUGGGUGUCUUUGAAAUCACUAAAGAAAAAGGGUUGACAAUGAUUGAAAUUGCUGAUGGAUUUAGUGUUGACGACGUUAAAAAGGCAACCGGCUGCGAACUGAAUGUUUCUCCCGAUCUUAAACCAAUGCAGAGCAUGUAGAAGGUUUUUCAAGGCAAAUAUCAAGUUCCAGAGCAAAUUCAGUGAUAUGUUAAGAUAGAUCUAAUAUUAAUAUCGGGAUAGAAGUAUGUAAUUCACACUUAGCCAUACAGUAGAAAUUUCUGUAUAGAGAUACGUUUUUGAAACAUCAGCUUUUAGCGUUCCUGUACAUAAAUAAUUGCAACCUUCAUCAUUACUGGUCAACUGUCUUCACCCUACAUGGUUUCACCCUACACGAAGUUUAUCUUGAAGUCUCAAGUUUAAACUACUUUUAUUCCACUUACUCUGUUUUGUUAAAUUUUUACCAUCCAGGAAAAGGCAGUAACAAGUGAAUUAAGGAAAAUAUUAACCUUCUAGGUUUGUGGUUUUCACAAAUACGAUAUUAGAGUUGAUCAAAAGAGUUGAUCAAACUUGUUAUGUGUAAGGUUUUGAAAUUCUGUAAAUAUUAAUGUUAUAGAAUAACUAACUGAACUUCAUCCAAGAUUAUGUUUUUUAUCAAUUGGUGAUUUUAAGGUUCAAAUAUUUUUUUCUAACUUUUCCAGUACAAAAACAAAAUUUACAAAGCAAUAUAUGCAUAAUUUGCCUUUUUUUGUGUCUGUAAAAUGUCAUGUAUUGUUGUGUUCAUUAUGUUCUUUUUAUCUUCUUGUGAUAAUUCUUGGAACUUGUAAAUGCCAGCGCCCUGUAUACAAUGUUUGGGCUAGCUAUAAAUGAAGUUUUUACAAAGCCAAGUACAAACUUUGAUCCCUGUGAAUUACCCAGUGAAGCUUUUUUUUUUUGCUCAGUUACAAUUUUAAUAUUUUUAAGUGAACAAUUUACAGACAUUUAUCACAAAUUGUGCUUUUAAAAGAAACUUCUGUCAGCUGUCCAAAGUUAUUUGAAAUACUUUCUCCAAUGUUCACUUGUUCAAUAUUUUUAUUGUAAGUUUAUCUAAGUUUCUGGAGGCUCAAAAUAAUUUAAAUUUACUGUUCGCAAAAAAUUGUUGGUUAAAAUAUAAAAUAUCACUGAUAUUUUAAUCCUUAGAUUAUGUAGUAAUGUAUUUUUUAUGCAUAUUGCUUCAAAUUCAACCAUGAGUAGCUGUAUGCAUUUUUAAACAUUUUUUUAUUCAUAUAGAUCUACUAAUUAAUUGAAAACUGGUAGUAUACUUCAAGGCCUUGAUUAAAAAUCUAUGCUAUUGUUAAAUGUUAUUAUGCAGCUUUUCAAGGCUUUGUUUCUUAAAGAAACCACAACCUUAUUGAUAUGAUCACAAGUAGCUGUGUAGUGAAAAUGAUUAGACUACCUGUGAAUAUUUGUGACUCAUAAUGUGUAACUUUUUAGGUGAUUUCUUUAUAAACUGCCAGUAUGUAAGAUGUACCCUUUUUUUCUAUCGGGAUACCUGGUAAAUAGACUUGAUGCCACUGGUUUGUAUGCCAUAUUUUUAAAACAUUAUUGAAAUGUUGAAAACUAGUGUGAUAUUUUCAAACUUUGUAAUGCCACAAUUUGUUAAGUAAAAGAAUUAUUCUUAAUUGAAAUCUCAAUACUCUGCAUAGAAAAUACAUUAUAUAUAAUUUACCCAAAUAUUGUACAUGGAAAGAAUUUGUGACUAGGUGGAAAUGAAUGUAGUACACUAGUGUUUAUGUGUAAUUGAAUAUGGUGCCAUAUAAAAUUGUUUAAAACAA